UUAGACUCCGAUGGCCUGGCAGUUCCAGAGCCGGUAAAAAAAAAAGUCUUUCCAUCAUCCACCCGUAAUCGGCCGUUAAUCAUCCAAGCAAACUCCCCUCCACAUCCCUUAGACAUCCAUCUUGCAACCAUCUCAACUGUUAGCCGAUCAACCCCCCCUGAGCCAGUACCCCACUUAAUAUUAUCUGAUCCCAUUUAUCAGAUUCUAUUUAUCAGAUCCCAAGAUAAUUCGCUAUUUCUCACGUUGAAUUUAUUGGUACAAACCCAAGGAAAUCGGUCUGCAUCUUCUCAGUCUCUUCAAAAUGGCGGCAGACAAUGUCUUCUCCGUCCCAGUAUUCCUGGUCGUCUUCCGAGAGACGCUCGAAACAGUCAUCAUUGUUUCUGUCUUACUGGCCUUUCUCAAACAAACUCUCGAUGGGCCUAACCGAGACUUGAAGGUGUACAAGACUCUCGUGAAGCAGGUAUGGGUCGGGGUCGGCCUUGGCUUAUUUCUUUGCCUUGUCGUCGCUGGCGGUUUAAUCGGCGCCUUUUACACAUUGGGCAAAGAUAACUGGGCAACCAACGAAUACAAUUACGAAGGCGCGUUCGCGCUUAUUGCGUCCAUCAUCAUCAGCAUCGUCGGCGCAGCUCUUCUUCGUGUUGGAAAGAUGCAAGAAAAAUGGCGGGUCAAGCUUGCUAAAGCUCUUGAAAGUCCCGUGGUAAUAGGUGGUCAUCGGAGUGGUCGGUUCAAACGCUUUGCCGAAAAGUACGCCAUGUUUAUUCUUCCCUUUAUUACCGUCCUAAGAGAGGGCAUUGAAGCUAUCGUCUUCAUUGCUGGCGUUUCUUUUUCUGCGCCAGCUACUGCAGUCCCGCUUCCGGUAGUUGUUGGGUUAGCUGCUGGUGCCAUCGUCGGCUAUAUCCUAUACAAGGGAGGAGCUGGCGCCAAAUUGCAAUACUUCCUAAUAGCAUCCACAUGUCUGCUAUACUUGGUCGGUGCAGGUCUGUUCUCGCGCUCUGUUUGGUACUUUGAGAACCAGCAGUGGAACAAUAUCAUUGGUGGUGAUGCGGCCGAGCUGGGAGACGGGCCUGGGUCCUACGAUAUAGAUAAGAGCGUCUGGCAUGUGAACUGUUGCAGCCCAGAAUUCAACGGCGGCGAAGGAGGUUGGGGAAUAUUCAAUGCGAUACUUGGGUGGACCAACUCAGCAUCAUACGGUUCCGUUAUUUCUUAUAACGUAUACUGGAUUGCCGUUAUGAUCUCACUCGGUGUCAUGAGGUAUCGCGAAGUCAAGGGCCACUGGCCAUUAAUGAAAGCGAAGAACUCAGUUGGCCCAGUUGAGCAGACUAGCAAGCCUGAUGAGGUGCAACACGGGCCUGACAAGUCAGAAUCCUAAGGAAGUGUUGUUUUGCCACCUCUCAAUGAAGCAAACGAUCGAUCGAUUAAGUUACUCGGAAUGAGUUGGUAAAUUCUGUUCUGGUUAACCCAGAGGUUCUAUCACGUUUAUGUAUUUCAAAGCGAAACGAAUACAUCUGCUGCUGACGACGACUUGAUGAAGGCUUUGAGGAGACGAGACU